UUUAUUGAUUUUCCAACACAAGAGAAUGGCAAAAAACUUCGAACCGUGUAAAAUCUGCAAUUCACCGGGAAACGGCCUACAUUUUGGAAUCGAUGCUUGCAGAGGCUGCACCUCAUUUUUCCGGCGAACAAUUGUACAGGAAAAAGAAUAUUACUGCAAUUCGGAUGACUCGUGUGAAAUUGGGAAAAGUGAAGCUGCUCUAAAAUCUCCUUGCAGAAAAUGCCGAUUUGCAAAAUGUUUGGAAGUUGGUAUGAAAAGUGAAGCAGUACAAAAGAAUCGAGAUUCCUAUGGAAAACGCCGAGAACUUGCCAUUUAUGCAGCUAACCCCUCUCCAUCAAGCGUCCGUCUCAAAUUCCCAGCCCCCUACUUCAUGCUGGAAUCCGUUAAAAAUCAAUAUUCCCACCUGGAAAGUGUCCGACUAGUGGUGCAUCUGGACGAGGGCACCAGCAUGUUCUCAAAGCGGAUUCCGAAACCGCAUACCUUCAGAGAUACCGAUAAGCUUAUGUUUCGCGAGUAUGACAUGGUUACUGACUGGGCUAUGAACUCAUUCCCACAACUCGCAGACUUCCCGAAUGAUCAACGGAAGAUCCUUUUGAAGCACUUUUAUCUUCAAUUUUUCAUACUGGAAAGUGGAUUCAUGGCCUGCAGAAAUGGUCGAAAUGAUGUGUGGUUUCUUCCGAACGGAGAUUAUAUUGAUUGUCGAGAUCUCGCAAGUUUCUACCGAGAUCCGACGCGUCCAGAAUCAAGCUCACAGUCGAUAAGUCCAGAGCAUGCAGCAUUAAUGAUGAAGGGAACAUGUACGGGAUGCAGGAGGAUGGUGACUAAUACCAUGCUGAAGGAUAAUAUCGACCAAUGCGAAUUCUUGGCACUAUCAGCGUUGAUUCUUUUUCAGACAGGCCUAGAAGGACAAUCGGAAUCCUGUAUGGAGACUUGCAAGAAAAUUCGAAGCACAGUGCAACGGGAGCUUCUACAGUACUACGCGGGGAAAAGGACCCAGGAAUAUUCGAUUCGAAUGGGAAAUGUGCUCUCGUUGCUUCCAAGUGUGCUGAGUUCCACCUAUAAAAUGUUGGACGAUAUGGAGCUGAUGUAUAUAAUGAAUAAACAGGACCACUCAUUUUUCAAAUAUUUUGUGGAAUCUAAGAGAAUUUGAAUGAAUGUUUCUUUGUACAAAAAC